AUGGAGGCGUCCAAGGGCAUGAUCUUUGUCGAAGAGAGCAGAAUAGCCGUGCCGUGGGCUCAAGGCGAGGGCGAGAGCGAUGCUCCAGACGGCGGAUGGGAGACUGCGCUGCCGGCGGCGGCGCUCUACACCCUCACUCUUGACCAGAUGAUGGGCCGAGCGCCGCGGAUCAUCCACGCACCGUCGCUUCGGGUGUGCUCGGCCAAGGCGCUAGCCAAGGGCAAAGCCCGGCGGAUCCGGUUGGUCCAUGUCUCGGACACCCACCUGAAGCACCCGGAGAUUGUCGUCCCCCCGUGCGAUGUGCUUGUCCACUCGGGCGACUUUAGCACCCGCCUCACUCCUGACGAGCUUCCGCAGGUGCUUGCGAGCUUCAACGAGUGGCUGGCGGCGGCGCCGGCUGCCCACCGGGUGGUGGUGUGCGGCAAUCACGAGAUUGCGCUCUCGCGCAUGACUGCCGACGACAUCCAGGCGCUGAUGCCGGACGUAGUCUACCUGCAGGACUCGGGCGCCAAGAUCGAAGGCAUCAAGUUUUACGGCUUGCCGUGGACCCACGCCUCGCGCUCGUACGCCUUUGGCACCAAUGAAGCUGGCUUGGCCAAGGCCUGCAAGAAGAUACCCAAGAAGACCGACGUUCUCGUCUGUGGCAAGAGCCAUGCCGGCAAGCGGCACUGGGGCUCCCACGCCCUCGCUGCCCGCGUCGCCAAGAUCAAGCCCAAGCUCCACCUCUACGGCCAUGUCCACGAUGUCGUCGGCGUCCGGCUCGCUCCCUCGGGAUGCACCAUGUUCUCCAACGCCUCGUACGACAUCGCCCACCCUGUGGUGGUGGUUGAUCUCUACGUGUAG